UUGAAAUUGUAAGUGUAAAAUUAUAAAUAAAAAAAUAUCAGUAUUUAAUAUAGGUAUUUAUAAUUACGUUGAUAAACGCACGUAUUUAGGCAUUAAUAAAAUGGAAUAUGCAGCAACAGAUGAAACAAAAAUGCCGGUUGAAAUUACCGAUUUAAGAGAUGAAUCUGCUGACGAGUUUCAAAAGUUUAUCCACGAUCUAUUCGAAAACAAUGGUGUAUUAAAUGAUCUGAGAGCUUAUUUGCGAGGGCAUAUUGUAGAUGUUUUACAAAGGGCUGAAACAGGUCAGUCUACUUUAUGCCACAAGAAUUUCACUCAGCGCUUGGAACUAACAUUUCAAGCUGUGAAUAUACUCAUUGCUGAAUAUUUACUCAGAAUGGAAUUUAAGUACUCUCUUUCCGUUUUCAUAUCAGAAAUACCACUAUCCAAUAUGGUUUUCAAAUUUGCUAAUGCUCUUUUGAAGUCAACGGAUUCUGCUUUAUCAGGGUUAAGGUUUGGAGAAAGUGAUAUUUGGAGUAUACUAAAUUAUUUAGGUAUUAAAUGUGACUCUGAGCAUGCAUCUAAAAUUGUUGAAGUUUACAAAAACCAACCAGACUCACCACUUUUGUGGUGUAUACUCAAAUGUGUACCAAUGUACCAUAAGCCAGAGUGUUCAGAACAAGUGCAUUCAUCAGAAGAAAGUCAGUCAUGCAGUGCUAAAAGUGAAGACUCGUUUGAAAAUAUAGUCAAGAAGAAUUCUCAUACUGAUGAAACCAACAAAUGCAAACAUUUCACGUAUUGUAAAUGUUGCCAGAGCAAAGUUGCGAGAUUGAGAGAGAAAUAUAAAAGGAAGAAAAUUAAAGUCGACGAGAAACCAAAAAGUAUGGAAGUGAAUAAUCUUACUGCUGUGACAUUUAUGCAAAAUAUCGGUAUUCUCGAGCGGUCUAUGGUCGAUGAGAUGUUCCAGCAAUUAAAAACCGUUUACGAUACAGAGAUGGAUAUGAUGAGAGAUGAAAAAGAGAAGAAAAUAAAACGUUCCAUCGCCAAUCACGCGUUACAGUUACAGAAGUACCGAGAAGAGUUGGAGCAGUCGUUCUGUGCGCGUCGCACGGAGCUGACGCACAACGCACAGCGCAGGCAACGCUUCCUGUGCGAACUGGCGAGGAGACUUGCGCAAGCGCAGCAGCAUCUCGCCCAGGAGGAACAGAAACUUAAAAUUCAAAUGCAAGACGCGGAGAAAAUUCUCAUGAAGAAAGGCGAAGAGAUGCGAAGCCAGAUAUCAGAAGAGCUGACUCUGCUACAAACUCAUUUAGAGACAAUCAAAAAAGAAAAAGAAGAUGUCAACAAGGAAAGAGUAGAAUUGGAAAAUCUUAAGCAAAUUUACAACAAUAUUAUUAUUUUAAAAGAAAAAAAUACUAAAGAUAAUGAAGAUAUAAAAUUAAACUAUGACUUAUUGAGAGAUGAAGUUGUCAUGCUUAGAAAAUACAUAGAAACGAACAAAGUAUCGUCGUGUUCGGUCGACAGGGGGACGGUGACGGAUCUGUGUGGGGUGAAGAGUUUGAUGAACAACGAGAAUGGCGGUAGUUGUAAAAGUGAUGACGACAGGCUCAAGGUUAACCAGGUCGUAAACGAUUUGAAGAAGCGGAAGAACGUUAACUCGAACCAGUUAAACAUUGAAGACACGUGUGUGGAGUUAAAUCGCCAGCGCAGUUGUGAGAGUAACGAUAACAUGAGAUCGGAGAUAGAGAAUGUUACCAUACAGAAUCUGAAGGAAGAGAACGAUAGACUGAAAAUAUUUGCUAGACAGCAAUCGGAGCUCAUCGAGAGGCUGUCCCGCGAGCGACGCCUGCAAGCGUCCCGCGAGCCGCCCGCCGGGUACUUGCCGCGAAGCAGUGUGAAUCAAACUCCAGACGAGCUCGGCGUGCAGUCCCGAGUUCUGUUCCCGGGCGAUACAAUACCGUUUAUAGGCGUCGUAGGGAACCGGCAACGUGACGAUAGCAGACGCCUGCUGAACCAGUGGCGAGGUCCGAGCCGCCAUCGAAAAGCCGACGUAACCUUUCAACCCAAUACAAGUGCUAUCACAACAAACAGUACAGAAGUUUCUAGUAACAGAGAGGCAGAUGAAACUUCAAAACCAGAUGUUUGUGAUCAAUCACCAAAUUUCAAGCUGCCAAGUCCUGUCAACAGUAAAGUAAAGGAAAAGAUUUCGAAGACAGUUUUAAGGGAAGCGAAACAGAUAUUAAGAGACAAAACAGUGCUUUCGUCAGCGGUCAGCGAUAAAAGUUCUGACGAUACGAUUCGAGAGGCGAAACUUCGAUUACGAAAGUUAGAAAUAGAAGCGGAAGCUGUGGAGAAAUCUUAUCUAGACUACAAGAUGAGACAGUCUGGAGUGAGUGCGGAGAAAACUAACUCGAUACUUGAUGAUGUAAAAAUAUUAGGCACAAAGAAAAGUAAUUCUUUUCGAAAACUAGAUGAAAAUUCUAAUAAAAAUGACAAGUUUGUCUUCAAAGAGUCGCCGGAAGAAAUAAAAAAAGAUUUCGAUAAAUAUUUCAAGGAAUAUCAAAGAACAAACACCGGAAAGUCCCAUUUACAAAACAUAUAUUCCGUCAUGGAAAAAAUUAAACCGAUUCCUGAAUCUUAUUUUCAGAAAAAUGAAAACAGAAGUAACGAUAUAAAUUACUUAGAAACUCCAUUAAUGGAAUUUAGGAAAUUAUAUCAAACUCAAAAAUCGAAGGUUAGAACUAAUGAGUCAAAUUAUUAUAAUCACAUUUAUACUGAAAAUGAUCGAAGUGAACACGAAAUUACAAAAAACGUCAAAAAGGUAACAAGCGAUGAUGCGUGUAUGCAAGAUAAUAAGAGCAAAGAAAAUAUUUGUAUACCAAAACAUACUAACGGAAAUAUAAUUGAAAAAUUAGAAGAAAUUGGUGAAAAUAAACAAAACAUACAAGUUAAUCAUACUGAACAGAAUAUAGGAUGUACCGACCAAACAUCUAAAGAUAGCAAAACCGAACUACCAGUUAAAAUUGAUAACCAAAAACCUGAGGUAGAUGUAUUAAAUAAAACAGAGGAUGAAGUAAGCAAUAUAACUGAAAUUAAUCAUGAAUCCAACGUAGAAUUAGAAAAUAAUGACUUAGAAACUAAUCAUAAAUCUAACGUUGAAACAGAAAAUCAAAAUUUAGUUAAAACAGACGAGAUGAUUGACCAAAGAUAUAACAAAGAAAUGAAACCUGAAGAAUUAAAGAAAGAAAUAAAAAACCUACUCAUUGUUGAAGUUGAAAACGUAUGCGCUACAACCAACAUUGGAGCUUCAGAAUCGGAUAAAGAUUUAUUAGUCGUUGUCGAAAGUUCAAUGGACAACAAAGAACUUGUUUUGCCUAACGAAACAAUUUCAACACAAAUGACUAUAUUAGUUAGUCCUAAAAGCGAUAUCAAAGAUGUUGGUGAUGAAACAUAUAAACUAUCACCAGAAAUUGCAAAAUUAACAGAAAACGAUGCACUAAAUUCUAUAUAUCGUACUGACGCUAAUCUAAUUUCUAGCGUCGAUAUGCCGUUAGAUACGAAGAAGAUCGAGUUCAUUGGUGAUAUUGAAAGAGAUAUUCAAGACUAUCCCGAUGACUUGUCAGCAGACGUUGAUAACUACAACAGUUACAGUUACGGCAAAAACUCUCCGAUAUCCCUGCCGAAAACAUCCGAAGACGACAGUUUUUGGGACUUAUAAGUUAAAAAUGAAACACUAAAAACCA